AUCAUCGCGAGUCGCGCACGCUUGAAGUCCAGUGGAAGCUGAGCUUCCCAUUUAUUUGACGGGCCCGUGGGUAUCAGCGCGCUAUUGGGCUGCCAUCACUACCCUCAGGGCAAAGCUUGCCCGCAAGGGUCUCCUUAAAUUCAGAUCCUCCUAACAUAAUACCCAGGACGCUGCGCGUGUCCACGCUCCGGUUGUAUUGAUACUGGAUCCUUAUGGUUUUGCUCCCAUAAUCUUAGCAUUCAACUAUAUCACGGUCCAUUUUCUUCGAGGCAAAUUGCGACAAGAAAACACUAGGUUGUGUAUGUAUCAUCGUCUUCAUCUUCUCCAAUCCACAAAGUCACUGGCGCACGCCUUUCGCUCUUGCCUACGGAUCUUUGCUACAGUUCGUGUCAUAAGUUUUCGCCAAGGGACAAAACCGAUACAAUUUUGCCGGAAAAGCUUUGUGAGCCCAUAGCGGCAAAUAUAAUUACGCUCUUUAUAUGCCAUCAUGACUACGGCAUCCACCCCAAACCACCAUCAGCCGUCAACGUCGGCGGCCGAAUUUCCAGCAACCUCAACCACAACGUCGAAUGUUGACCCAAACACGCACCUUGCAACGAGUGGGUAUGCGCCUAGCGAAAAUCAAUUAGCUGGAUUGGUGGAGGCUGCCACAGCGGCUGCAGGACAAGACGUCUCGGAAUGGGCUGCGGCCGCUGCAGUCGCCGCUGCAGCUGGGGCGGCUGGGAAUACACAUCACCUAGAGGGCUAUGGACCGGACAUACAUAUGGAUGAUGACAGCUUUGCAGACGCAAGUUUUGCCGCUGGGAUCAAUGGCGGACGGGCUCUGCGAGGACCCGGAUCAGCUCCGGUGAAUGAACACGCUCAAACCUCUGGGUUGACCCGAGUUGGCACGAAGAAGAGGAAGAGAAACGAAGAUGCUCUUGAUCCCGCCUUGACAGGAGGGGGUCAUGUCGGCCUAGCAGGGGAUCAGCAAUCACACCACCAUAGUCACCACCCACAACAACAACAGCAGCAACAGCAGCAACAUCCGCAUCAUUACGGUGGUGAUGGGCUAGAUCUUCGAGGCGCCCCGCCACAAUCACUAUCUGAAGCUCGGGCGGUGGGCUUGCACUCGGCAGCCGCUCUCUUUCGCCAGCCCUCCAGCAACAAGAAAUACACUCGUCCACCCAUGUCCAAAUUGUUCUCCUCACUCGAGCUUUCUCCAGAAAACUUUUUGCACCUUCAGGCAGCAGCUAAAGCUUACAUGCUUGAUGAUCGUCAUCCUGAACGCCGUGACUGUGUAGGUCAACGCGGCAAGGGGGAUACAGAGAUGGUCAAGCUGCGGCUAUGGAAUUGCGUACGUCACUUUCUCGAGGGUGAGGGUCAUGGCGAGCGGUUCUUUGGAGAAGAUGUGGUCAAUGAAGGCAUGGGGCCCAGGGCAUACAUCUGGCCCCGGGAUCAACAGAAAAUUAUUUCACUGGUGAUACCCUUGUUGCGGCGAAUGGUAACGAACGAGCGACAGCGUCAGUAUGCUGUCGAAACGAGGAAAGGCGGCGGAGCGGAGGAGCGACGGCGACGGAAGACCGAGGACAGCCUGCAAAACUUCAAUGCGCACACGCCAACUGAGGAUCUACAACUUCAUUCUCAGCAUCACCAUCAGCAACAGCAACAUCAUCAGAUUCACGAUGAUUAUACUGCAAUGCAGACCCCGAUGUCAGCAUCGCAGCCCCCCAUGGGUUCCACCUCGCAGGCCGUGGAUCUGGGCCUAACAGAGCUUCUGCUUGACGGAUACACAACCGACUGGAAUGCAUUCGCUAAGUCCUAUGACAAUUAUAACCAGAACUGCGAACUCGACAAUCUCUGGUAUUUAUCGGGCCUACAGCAACCGGACUGGCGGGGCUUGGUGGCUGCCGUCGAUAGCCAUUACCAAGUCAUUCACAAUGGUGGCUAUGAAUGUCCUCCACAGUGUGAAGAUGACAAUAUACAACGUAUAUUAGAGGCUAAUGUUACUUCCGACUUACGGUGGCGGAUUGGUGGUAAUAUUCCACAGCCCGCGAGGAACGAAUUUGCAAGUAGCAUUACUCGCGACGUCUCGCGCAUCAUCCGCGACAAUCUUGCUGUGAAGCACGAACCGCAUGCUACAUCCCACGAUCAGACGUCUGUGUCACAAUCUCAGCACUUCCCGCCUUCCAAUUUACCACCGAUCCCUGGAGCUGCCUCUGCCGCCAGCAAUGUCAGGCCACCUUCGUCGCCCAUGUCUGUCUCUCUCCGUAUCAACCUUAUUCAGGACGGCAAACGCACACAUUCCCGACUUGAUCUGCCUGGCAGCCAGUGCCCUGACCUCGAGACGCUUAAGCAAGUGAUCUCCCGCCGGUUUUCGGGUCAGCUGCCGGGAUUAUCAUCUGAGUCAGGCUUGGACUCCGCUAGCGGCUGGGUCGCAGGGAUCAACUGGAAGUUCAAGGUAUGGCUACCAGAUGGAUUAACAACAGUACAAAAUGACGGCGACUGGACUAUUGCACUCUUGUCCGCGGGAAAUGUGGAUUGGAUGGACGGCGACCUGAGAGUCUUGGUUGAAUUUGAGGAAGCAUCUUGAUAGCAGGUAUGUUUGCCUGUCUAACGACCUGUUAUGACUUGACGCGCAUCAAUUUUCUGCAAGGACAUUUUCUGCUGAUGAAGCUGGGCGGGUUUUAAUUUCCAUGGUCUCGCAUUCAUACCCUUUUAUGCUGCUUUUACGGACAUGAGACACGAUGAUUUUCUCUAUAGAUACCAGUGGGUAAAUAGUGUAUACUCGCAGCGCUCUUGAUAAUCAUAAUACUGAUGU